GCCAGUACAAUGAAGAAAGUGGUUUCUUGGUUGCCCAAGAAGGUGGCCGAAUGGCUGUUGGAGAAUGCGAUGCCAGAAUACUGUGAGCCCCUGGAACAUUUUAUGGGCCGAGACUUGAUCAACCUAACCCCGGAGGAUUUUAAAAAACACCCCUUGUGCCGAGUCACCUCUGACAACGGGCAGCGGCUCUUGGACAUGCUAGAGACCCUGAAGGUGGAGCAUCACAUGGAAGCACACAAGAACGGUCAUGCCAACGGGCACCUUAGCAUUGGCACAGACGCCCCCAGCCCUGACAGCAGCUUCACCGUCAAGGUCAAACCCAAUGGGAUGCCAAAUGGGUAUAGGAAGGAGAUGAUCAAGAUCCCCAUGCCAGAGCUGGAGCGCUCCCAGUACCCCAUGGAGUGGGGAAAGACUUUCCUGGCCUUCCUUUAUGCACUUUCCUGCUUCGUCCUCACCACCAUGAUGGUCACAAUCGUCCACGAACGAGUGCCUCCUAAGGGGUUGCAGCCUCUGCUACCAGACGUCUUUUUUGACUGUUUUAACCGGGUGCAGUGGGCCUUUUCUAUUAGUGAAAUUAAUGGCAUGACCCUUGUAGGACUCUGGAUAUUUCAGUGGUUGCUCUUAAAAUACAAGUCUAUUAUUAGCAGAAGAUUCUUCUGCCUAGUUGGCACACUGUACCUGUAUUGGUGUAUUACAAUGUAUGUAACUACACUCCCAGUUCCGGGUAUGCAUUUCAAGUGUUCUCCAAAGCUUUUCGGAGACUGGGAAGCCCAGCUGCGAAGAAUAAUGAAGCUCAUUGCUGGAGGCGGCCUGUCCAUUACCGGCUCUCACAGCAUGUGUGGGGACUACCUGUACAGCGGCCACACGGUCAUGCUAACACUCACUCACUUAUUUAUCAAAGAGUAUUCUCCUCGGCGACUCUGGUGGUACCUGUGGAUUUGCUGGAUCCUCAGCAGAGUUGGAAUCUUCUGUAUUCUCUUGGCGCAUGACCACUACACUGUGGACGUGGUGGUGGCGUAUUACAUCACCACGAGACUCUUCUGGUGGUAUCACACUAUGGCCAAUCAGCAAGUGCUAAAAGAAGCUUCUCAGAUGAACCUCCUGGCCAGAGUGUGGUGGUACAGGCCAUUUCAGUACUUUGAAAAGAACGUCCAAGGAAUUGUACCUCAAUCUUACCACUGGCCCUUCCCCUGGCCCGUAGUCCACCUCAGUAGGCAAGUUAAAUACAGCCGAUUGGUGAACAACACAUAA